CCUGCCUGACUGUCGACUGCUACUAUCAACUGCUACUGUUUCGACCGUGUGUUUUACGUGCGCAUCACGGAUUUUAGCCUUUUAGCAACUAACGUACGUUAGUACUGAAGUUUGAACGUAACCAUUCGAUGGACAACCAGUCACCAUGAAGUUCGCUGGUCUGCUGUUUUCCCGGCUAGGCGUUAAAAAUGUGCCUGGUACCAGGCGUUUGGCAACGUUAUCGGAUGAACUUCGAUCAAGAUUUUCAGCUUUCAAGGGCGGCACCGUUCAGCUGACAAAGGAUGACCAUACGGGCAUCGCUGAAGUUUACUUCAGCAAUCCUACGAAGAGAAACUCGUUUUCAGGGCACAUGAUGCUACAGCUACACGACAUUGUCACUGAGCUGCGGUCUUGGAAGGAAGGCAAGGGUCUCGUGUUUUAUGGUGGCGAUGGCGUCUUCUGCUCCGGUGGUGACCUUGACAUGAUGAAGGCACUGAACACACCAGAGCUGGGCGCCCAGAUGGCAACGAUCAUGCAUUCAGCUCUAAUGGGUCUCCGGGAGCUGCCUCUCAUUAGCGUAGCCCUGAUCCAAGGCAGGGCCUUAGGCGGAGGAGCUGAGCUGACAACAGCCUGUGAUUUUCGCAUCAUUGUACCUGGAGCUGAAAUUCAGUUUGUACAGGUGCGGAUGGGCCUUGUUCCAGGCUGGGGCGGGACCACAAGGUUGGUGAGGCUUCUGGGUGCUCACGAGGCACUCAAGCUGCUGUCGUCGGGCCGAAAAGUUGGCGCCGAGGAGGCUCUGGAACUCGGGCUCGUGGAUUACAUCCUUCAGAACUACGAGAGUCCUCUAGCUGAAGCCAGAAAGUGGCUUGGCCAGUACAUUGCUUGUGACACCCACGUCAUAAGGACUCUGAAGGAAACUAUUGUGAAAGCAAGAGAGCUCUCCACAGUCGAUAGCCUCCGAGAAGAGCUGAGACUCUUCUCCACCGUGUGGAGUGGGCCAGCCAACCGAGAAGCCCUGAAUAGGAAUAUAAAGCACCUCAGCCGCAGUAGCCAGCUGUGCACAUGUAUGUCGCAUGAAAAAUCGGACUGGCUGUCCACGCGUGCUGCUCGGGAGACUGUGCUACAGCAGGUGUGCCGGGGGAACCCGGGCAGCUGCAGCGGCGACGGCAUGCCGCUCGUCAGCGAAGAAUUCCGUGUCAAAUUAAACUCUCUCAAGUCCAGCGGUAGAAUCGAACUCGUCGAGGACGUCAACGGCAUCGCACGUCUAAGCAUCAAUGAUCCGGCGAAGAGGAACUGCCUCUCCGGAGAGAUGAUGUUGGAGCUGGCCAACGCCGUCAGAACAUUGGAGCACUGGCCCCAUAUCAAGGCAGUUUUGCUCUGCGGCGAAGGCCCGUUCUUUUGUUCAGGGGCUAACCUGAUGUCAAUGAAAGGCAUCCCCAGCCCCGACGAGGGACGCCAGAUGUCCGCUCUUAUGCAGGACACGUUGACAAGGUUCAGCAACCUCCCUAUGAUCAGCGCCGUCCUCAUCGAGGGCCGUGCAAUCGGCGGCGGAGCGGAACUAACCACGGCAGCAGACUUCCGAAUCAUGGCCCCCGACUCCGAAGUUCAGUUUGUUCAUGUGCGCAUGGGGAUCACUUCUGCGUGGGGUGGCAUGAGCCGACUGACACAGAUUGUUGGUCCCACACUGACGUUGGACCUGUUUUCCUCGGGGCGGCCACUGCGCCCCGACGAAGCAGUACGGACGGGCUUCGCAAGUCAUGUCCUGAGCGGCGAACGGGACGCCAAGGAAGAGGCGCUAGAGUGGCUCAGAGAGCAGACCAAAGGUCCAGUCGAGAUCAUGCAAGCAGUCAAGCUGGGCAUGGUGGCCGCCCGAAGCCUGCCCCUCCAGGAGGCAUUGCAGCGUGAAAAUGAUCUGUUUGCCUCCGUGUGGGGCCGGGACGCUCACAGCGAUGCCCUGAGGCAAAACGUCAAGCACUGAUCUUCGAUAUCGUUAGUGUUCCAAUAGUUUAACGUUGUUGCUUCGCUGUAAAGACUUUAUUGUUGUUCUGAUAGUUUAACGUUGUUGCUUUGUUGUAAGGAUUUACAAUGCUUCUGUGUAGGAUUGCACGAAGCCAGCCUUAAGUGUGCAGUUGCACUGGCGACUGACGAAGGUCACACAGUCGACAGUGACUAUAAAUUAAGGGGAGACUGAUGGGAACUGAUCUUCACGCCAGCAAGCACAUCCUGCCUGUUGUCACAUUGGAAUGCCUCGCAGUUAUUGUUGUUCACGCGUGAUCGCACCGUUAUCGCUGUCAAACUACUGUCAGCACGUUCCCGUGCUACACCUAUGCCACUGAUUGGUUCAGCAGCCUUGUGACUCCAGUCGCUGAGCUGAAAAAUCAAGUGGCAAGCGUCUGACCUGUAGCAAUCACUUUUUAAUCAAAGCGGCUAUUUGUGACCAACUUGUUUGCAGGACCUCUGCGACUCACCAAAGUGAUUGAGUUGCAACCCAAAACACCCCAUUUUUUUGCUUUGCUUCACCUAAAUAGUUUGCUGCCGUGUGCUUGCAUUUGCGCUUACGCACUUUAUAAUUUGUACUUUUGUGCAUUUUAUUUCGAGUUAUGGGCAUCGAGAAAAGCUUAUUGCAUCUUGUUUCUUGCCACUCAAGGUGUUACCUCGAGAUGUUCACCUGCAUGGCUUUGCUGUAGGUGGGCGAUUAUGCUUAGUUUAGAAGUGGGCGUUCGCAAACCACGAUACUGCUGCACGUGCGUCCUUUUUUGUGAGCCACUUGAGAACUGAUAGAAUCUUGUCUAGCAAUCUAACAAUUCAUAACUGCAAAUUAGACUCUCAUCUAGCGAUCUAGCAAUUGAUAACUGCAAGUUUCUCACUUGCUUUAUUUUUCUGACAGUACACACCACUGAGAUAGCUAGCAGGUGCUCACAUGGCAUGUGUCGCUUUUGAUAUGGGCACAUUUCCUGGGGCCUUAUUCUCUAAUGAUCAACUUCAUUUUGCAUUCUUCUGGUUCUUCGUCAUUGUUUUAAAUUUGGAUUGGAGGCCAUUGCAUUUCCAUCUUGGCUGGAAUGGCACCCUCGACUUGACGCAUGAUAAAAGUGGAGAGUGAAAUAGAACAUUCUGAAAUACGGGCCUUAGUUGUGUCAAAUAUAUUUAAAGCAGAAGAAUAAGUUGUGUCAAGUUUAUUACAUUUUUAAAAAAGUUAUGCUAGUUCAUUCAUGUGUUCAGCAAUUAACCGUUUAUAAAUCUAUACAUAGAUUACAGAGCAUUCAAUUGCUAUUUUCGUCAUUUUAAUAUUAUUAGCUCACUUGUCGAAAUAGGUUGCCCAGAUGAACUUAAAUCUGCAAUUUAAAAAAUUUGGCUUUGAGGGCACAUUUCCUAAAAAAAAAUGUUAACCUCUAAAUUACCUCCUGAGGUGGCGAGUCACUGUUUGCAAUAUGAAAAAGUAAAAUUGUCCAUUUUAUAAAUUGGCGUUAAGUCUCAAGAUUGUGCUUUGCCUAGAAAAGCAGCUUUGAUGCACCAAAAUGACUCGCCAAUAGGCUCUUAGGUAAGUGUAAUAAGUAUAUAUAUCCCCUUUGAGGAUGAGGCUGGCAAGGAAUUGAAGUUAGCCAAAGUCACUUGAAUAAUUUUAUACCAGGCCAAUUUUUACUGGCUACUUGUCACCCAGAUAAGUAAUUGCACAGAAACCGUCAGUGAUGAUUGCCAAUGUAUGCGAAUAGCCGCUAUCAUUAUUAUAUAUUAUAUUGUUAUGCUGCAAUGUAUGCGAAUAGCCAAAAACCAAAAAGAAUGGUGCGCUUGAUGUAUGUUUGUUGCAUUGAGAAUGUUUAGGUAGUGUUUGUAGUUCCAUUGCCUAAUUUCGUAGGAAACAGGGCCGUUAAGUGGCACAUUUGUAUCAGUAGCAUAGGUAGACAGCAUGUGCAUUUCAAAGAGCUGUAGUAGUUAGCAUUUGAUAGUUAGCAAAGAGCUGUAAUAGUUAGCAUGCCCUGCAACUCGAUUGCUCAAGUACGCGCACCCUUCGUGUCGGCAUCUUCGUAUUGUGGGGUUCAAAGUCCGCUCACUCACCAUGAAAAUGGGCACAAGAGCCAAAGAGACCUGUUUGCCUUAAAUGUCACUAUAACAAAGUUGCUGAGGCUUUUCACAAAAGGUAGCGUUGUUAAGAUGAAUAAAAACUCGCGACUGCCUCACUAAGUUACCAAAACUGCUGUAGAGGCUCUGUUGUCUCUAGCAUUGUCAGUGCUUAAGACUGUGGAAAAUAAAAUAUAUUGUUUGGAUACUUAGUUUGCCAUUGCUCUGUAAUGGCAGCAGAGGAGCAGGGCAGCAAGCAUCUUUGAUCAUCUUGCCAUCUCCUGUAUUAUUUGUGUUGGCUGCAACCUGUGGAAAGUGUUAAGUUCUGCAAUAGAGCAUGAUGCUUUCACUUGCUGUUUGUCCUAAGCUUUAUGCAAAUGUAAUUCAUUGAGUUGUCAUGUCUGAAAUACUAGUGCAGAACGCUAAAUGAAGUUUUAUGAAUCGCCCCAUUUCUUUGCUGCUCAGUGCUUUGAUGCUGGUCUGAAGCGUUGAUGUUUGGCACCACAGGAAUGGCCUUUCUAAUUACUCUUGUCAGCACACAGUGCUUUUAAAAAAGCCUGCCCACAGCAAAUUUUUUUUCUCCUUUGUAACCACAGCUGUCGUGAUCGCUAAUGGUAAUGCCAUUUCAUCGCAAAGGAUUGAUUUAUGCACGCCGUUAUGCCCACUGGCUCUAGGGCCUUGAAGGGCCCCUCGCCAGGUCUGGUCAUCUUGAGCCGACAAUUGCACUGCAUACAAUGCGUGCUAACGAUUGCAUCUGUCAAGCGUUACAUCCAUACGUGCCACAGAAAGAGCUUAAAUUUCAAACUAAAUGCCGCUCGCCCUUCUCCUGGUGCCCGCCGGGCACCCAGCCGGAGAGUCGAUGCCAGUCACCUAAUAGUGACAUGUGACUUCGAGAAUUAUUCAAGGCAACAUCAAUUAUUUGCUUAAUCUGUAGCUACAAGAGACAAAGUUCAGAGCAAUAAUAAAACAAAUACAGACUGAAUGUCUGCAUGUUUUUGUUUUGCUUAGUUCCGUAGCAAGAGAGAUUAUUUCCAUUUCGUCUGCUCGUUCCCAUGUUGUUCUGUCGCAUGCUCAGAAAACUGCACUGUGUAAUUUUUUACCGUGUUCCAGCGCCGCGAUUGUGCUGUUUCGUCCUUUCAUGCCUGCCUCAGGGCUCAUGUUUGUGGCACUAACUUUUACCGCUAAUCAAGUGUUCUCAUGCAGAGCGCGCAAAAUCAUCCGCUGUGCGAAACGAGACAAAUGCAACAGCUCGCGCGCGAGACCAUCACCGGAAGUGUGCCACUCAGCAAAAAACGUGUGAGAGUGAAAAGAAAAUGAGGAAGCGGUGCCCGUGGCGUAUUCGCCAUGCAUUCCUCCAGGUCUGGUAUAGGAGAACACAGAAAAGGAAUUUUGCAUGCGGAAACUAGACGAGGCAAGUUUAUGUUAUGUUGGCGGUGACGCUCACCUCCUGAAAUUGUGGGUUCACGGCGCUUCAGAUAUUUCUGUCUCUGCGAUUAAUGAACUGAUUUGAAAAAUUCUUAUGGUAGAACACUCCUUAGAAGGCAGGUAACAACUUCCAGCAUAUAACCAAAAUUUGCUUCGUGACUUGGUGAGGGGCCCUUUAAAGCAUAUAGAUAUAUAUAUAUAUAUAUGCAGGAGCUGCAAGUAUGGUAGUUCAGCCAGCAUGGAAAUGAACAAGUUUUAUAGGUAGAUUUGCCUAAGCUUUGUCCUUCUGGUUUGCAACGAACUUUUCUGUCUGUGCAAAUUGAUCAUUUUCAACAACAUAUUUGCUCUAUAAAUGGUACAAUUAACAAAGGUAAUGCAUCGGUGCAGAAACAUUUUGCCUUCAUGUGUUUAAAAAAAUGCGAUUUCCUGUAAAUUUAGAAAGUCAAGGCGUAAUAAAUAACACUGCAGAAGUGCCUAAACAUUUCAGCUGAAGAUGAGACCUAUCUAUGUACCACCCACCAUUUCCAUGGUAGUUGAACAGUCUGGGCACCAGAGUUCAUGUUCCGAGCCAUGGUGAUCGAGAACACUAUUGUGAAGCGCCAACUAAAUCUAGCGUGCAUGUUGUUACAAGUUUACAGUCCUCUAAGAAAAUUUACACGAAAAUUGCACUUUGAAGAGCUCUUCAUAUUUUCAUGUGCUAUAAUUCUUUCUGUAGCAAUCGGGAGCAGGGUGUAGAGCUGUCAAUUAGAAUGCAGCAGUUAGAUUGCCUGAAUUUGGCACAUGGUUGUAGCAUUGUUGAUAUCUAUGGCUUUAUUUUCGUCUUGCUUUGUAUAUCUUAAUCCCUUUUGGAAAGAUAGAGGACACUGCCAUGCAGGAGCCGUCCAUUGUUCUGUGUAAUGCGCUCUUGAUCGUAGUGUAAACGGCACGUAUGUCCAAAAAUAAAUUUGAUGCUUGUUGGCAUCAUGGCAUGGCAAUUCUUAAUAAAUGUGCUGGCCAGAAAUAUUUUUGUGGUGGCUAUAAAUCAAGCCAUUCAAUGUACUUCCUUUUGAAGGCUCAUGUUCCUAAAUGUAUGGUGUGCACGAGGUUUGCAGAUAACUUAGGCAGUCAAGCAAGUGGAAAUCUAGUGCAAGAGCCAUUUUUCAACUAGGACUGACUUUGAACACACAGUGGAACUGCUGCGCUUGUUUUCAAAGCACACAAAGUACUGUACUUUAACGUAUAAUCCUAUCUUUCGGAGACUCGGCUGUGAUCAAAGCAUACUGCUUGCUGGGGGCUUUUUGGAGUGUGCUGCUGUUCUGCUGUUUGUCUAGACUCGCCGUGGUAACCCAAUGGCUCUGUUGUUCUGCACACCACACAGGAGGACACAUGUUUGAUGCCAAGUCACGGCAGUCGCGUUCUGACCGGGACCAGACGCAGGAACGCUUGCACACUUUUUAGGUACACCCAGCCGAUCAAAAUCGAUCCAGAAGCCUGUUACUGUUACUUUGAAUUGUUGAACCCUAUUGAUUGAGUCUAUCGGUGAUGGCAUGGGUGAACCCAUCUGGCACAUUUUUUUUGUGAUGCAAAUGACAGUUAGUGUUAGUUUUACACACACAUGUGCCAGUUUUCAUUGUUUGUGUGUUAUGUUUACAUAGGUUCAAUGGAGGGUUACUUUUGCAUACUUUCAAUUGAUGUUCACGAUUUCCUAUUCUUUUUUAGUCAUGUAUGGAAUGUGCGGUUCUAUUAGAUCUCUCCGAGUGUGAUAUUGUAAACAGUUUUCCAAAUAUUUGGUGGUCAUCUUCGAUUGUGCACGUUGCUGGAUGGAGCAUGUGGCACAUAAACUGACUGCAGACGUUUUUUAUGCGUGGGUUGAUAGCUGGUGUUAGCAUGUCUCGGUGAGAUAGAUUAUCUGUACAUAUACCGAAUGCGCGUGCAUCAGAAUUUAGUUGGCAUUCAUUUUGCACGGAAGUGUCAAGGCCAUUGCUUUGGCGUUCUUUAUACUAGCUACAUUAUAUCUAGCAUAUGUCAUAAAAUGGUACUGCAAAAGAGGCCAUGAAACCUCUGUCACAUUGGCUGUGUAAUUUAUUAUAUAGUGCAAUGGUGUACUUGCGAGAAAGGAAAUAGUAAACUUGUCUAACUGGAUCAUUUCCCCAUUUCUUUUUCUUUUUUAGGGGGAGUGGGGCAGUUAAAGCUUGCAACUAAACCAGCAAGAUACAAAUAGUUCUGUUUUCAGAUUUGAGCAAUAAUUUGUUUUUACCGUCCAGUCUGUUAUUUUCACCAGAGAAGCUUAUCAUAAGCCUUAAAUAGUUCCGUUCUUUUUUUGCGUUCACUAGCAAUAGAGAUUAUUUGCGAUAUGAUUAAGCUUACCACUUAUAAAGUGCAAAGAUGGAAGAAAGAAAUGUUGAGGUACUUUCUCAGCAUUGCAAUUAUGUAAACACAUAAAAAGCUUGCAUUAUAUUCCUUACAAUAAAAUUGCAGUCUCUGGAUUGGGCCUGAAUAUACUUACCUGGUUGUGCCGUGUGCCUUCUUGAGGCACCAUUUUUUCGUGUUGAUACAGCUUCAAUAAUGAGGCCAAUCUGCUUUUGCACAUAUAGCAUGACGUUCUAGUCGCGAAACAUGUGCUAAUUGCAUUUUCUGUGCACAGUAUUAAAGCUCCACUUGCAAUGUAUCUAAACAUUAGCACUGAUAGAAAACUUAAAAUGCUAAACUUUGCAUGACAAAACUGCAAAGAAAUGCAGUUUCUUGGAGCGCCAAGCAGGUUAUAUUACUUAAGCUCUCGGCGUUAGCUACAGAUUCUGUGGGAUGCAGUUAUUAAGUCUGCUUCCUUGGUGGUUGGAUAUUCUCUUGCCAUCCAUACUGUUAAUCUAUGCAGCUUAAAUUGAAAAUUUUUCAUUGUUAAUGUGAAUGGAAGUGCUUAGUAAACCUUGAUCCUGUUCUAUAAUCAAGGGAUAUGCUGUUGGUUUGAAUUGGAUAUGAAACGAUUGGUGUUUAUACUAAAGCUCUCCAUGUGAGAAUUUAGCUAGGUUCCAAUUGCUCAUUUCAUGAGACUGUGUUUUAUCUUUCUCUUCAUUUGCAGUACAUUUUUAUAGAUUUUUAAUCAUUUAUUGUUAUACUUGAUAUUUGGUCUGAGCACCACUGUGGAAAGAGGACAGUGCUGGAAAAAAGUGUAUAAUACAUACUCCUAAGUUGGCAGGAUCAUGCUCAGCUGUGAUGUUUAUUUGUGGGGCACAUUUGGAUGUAUGUGAUACGCGCUGUAUAAGUGCUUGUCACUUGUGGAUUAAAAGUAGUCGAACCUGCACAGCAGAUUAAGGGUGUGUAUAUAUAUAUACACAGAUGCACACACACACACACACAGAGUUUGUCAUUUCAUAUUUUUCUGCAAUGUAUGUUCUGAUGUCCUGCAACAGCCUCCAUGUGGAGAUAACUCUAUCUAUGAAAUAAAUAAAGACGAAAUUAUACAUGUGCGUGUGUGUGUGUGAGAGAGAGAGAAGUAAGCAAGCGCUGAAUUGCAUUUCAGCAUACCACGGCCGCCUUUCUUAUAGAGCAAUAGAUCUAUAUCAUAUUUACAUGCUAUAUGUUCAAACUUGCUAAAAUAAAGGAAUUGGGCCCAAGACCUUUGUCAAACACACCUUGCACAAGGAACUUGCGAAUUGUAAAAAAUAAAGGAUGUGUAAUGCGUGCUCAG